CAGAAAGCUGUGGGAAACCAUGGAUCCCCUGUGUGGGGGCUGGGGCAGCUGCUCGGGCAUGGAGAGACGCCAUCAGGACGUCAUGGGGGUCUGGGAAUUCCCAAUGGUUGGGCACAGUGAGAUGCGGCCCCCAGCGGGGCCCCAGGGCAGCUACCUGACAGCGCCCUUCGACCCCCGCUUCCCCAACACCAACCAGACCCGCAACUGCUACCAGAACUACCUGGACUAUCAUCGCUGCAUGAAGGUCCUGACAGCAAGGGGCAGGGACACCAAACCGUGCCUGUGGUAUUACCGUGUCUUCACGUCGCUGUGCCCCUUAUCCUGGGUUCAGCACUGGGAUGAACAACAGGAAAAAGGGAGCUUCGCUGGCAAGAUCUAAACCCCAAUGUGCCUACCUGAGGGGCAGAAUAGUUGGCCAUCAGCCUUGUGUGUCCUUCUCUUUGUCCUACCCUUCCAACACAGCCCUCAGUCUCUCUCAGUGGGCUUGCAAUAAACCCUUGUUGCAUUUCA